UGGUGUGUGUGUGUUUCCUCCACAAUUCAAUCCUGGUUUUCGAUGUAAACAAAAAGGGAGACGCGUUCAACACAUGUUAAAAUUUACCCUCAAAUUUCUUUGCGUUGCGUCGACAAUAAGCUUUAUUUACACAGUCUGGAAGGAUGACUGCCAAAGUAGGAAACGUGCGGACGCUAAGGGUGGCUCUCCCAGGGGACGAGGUGCUGCAGUUUAACCCCGACAAGGACAAGGACCGCAUCUUCAUAGGCCCGGGGCUGCGGUGGAAGGAGAACAUCGUCCGAGCGACCCGCCCGGGCCUCCUGAAGAAGACCACGAAGAACCUGUACUACGUAGACACCCACCAGAAGCGUUACAUACCGCAGAAGAGAGAGUUCGUCAUCGGGAUAGUCAUGAAGAAGAAGGGGGACAACUACGUCAUCGACAUCGGCGCGAGCGACCAGGCCACCAUCUCGUACUUGGCCUUCGAAAAUGCCUCCAAGAAGACCCGAAAGGAGAUGAAGCUGGGCGACCUCCUCUACGGCCAGCUGUUGGUGGCGAACAAGGACAUGGAGCCCGAGUUGGUGUGCAUUGAUGUGUACAAUCGCGCCGUGGGCAUGGGUACCCUUCCGGAGGGCGGAGUCAUGUUCACAGUCCCCCUGCACGUGGCGAGGCAGAUCGUCAACCCAAACAACCCCUUUUUAAAGACGAUUAGUAAGAUGAUAAAGUACACGAUAGUUGUUGGCUUUAAUGGCAGAGUCUGGAUCAAAGCGGAGAGGCAGAGAGAGAUGGUCGCCAUAAUGAACUGUAUAGCGAUGCUGGAAGUGAUGCCCUCUGAGGAAGCGGAGAAAAAAGUAGUUAAAUUGCUUGAGAAUUUUUGAAAAUAAAAAUAGAUUACGCAUU